AUGCCCGAGAAGCGCUGGGCGUCGAGGCCAAAUCAAUGUCCCAACACGUUUUCAGCCGUGGCUUCGUCCUUGAGCGUGCAACUACUUUUGUUAAGCAUCUCAGCAGGUUUUCACACAACCAGCGCGAACGCCUUGUCACACGCCACGUCUCCCGAUGCCGCAAGCGCGCCUUUCAGCGUUAGCGCCAGCCAUGGCACAAAUCAUCGGCAAGCAGAUGGUCAUCACCAUGACCACCACCAUCAGGCGCACCACGAGCACCAGCACAGCGCCCUACAUGACCUGGGUGCCACCGCCGCUGGACUUCUAGAUCCACGCUCCUGGGACGUGAUCGCGCCCUACGUCGUCCCGGACUCGGGUACACCUGAUGCAAGCAAUGCGGCAGACGAUCACGGCAGCGAUCCUGUCGCCCAAGGCAUGGGUCCUGGCCACUCUGGCAGCGGACGCGGUCCACAGGGAGUCGCCGAGGGCUCGUCCAUGGACUUAUGUCCCUCGGACCUGCACCACAGCCGCUACCUGCCAUCGGCGCCGUUUGGGCCGGCCUUGGAUCUGUUGCAUGGCGCGGCGGCGGCGCUGGUGCGGCGACUGGCUGCGCUGCGCAUCGCGGCGCACAACGCCGAGGACGCGGCUGCUCGCACGGUGCGGAGCUUGAGCGCUGACAUGCGUGACCCGGCGGCCUGGGAGGAGAACCCCUGGGUUCGCAAGGAGGUGCAGGAGCUGCUGCGGGAGGAGCGCGAGGAGCGGGAGGCGGAGGCUGGUGUCGGGCAACGUGACACCCAGCAUCAGCACCAUCACCAUCAACAUUACCACGAGAAUGUACACGCACAGCACCGUGCAAGCGGACAGCCUUCCGAGAAGCAGCACCCGCACCAGCAUGAGCAGCGUCCUUCAGACACAGAAGAGGAGCGGCUGAGGGCCUGCCCCGAAGCACUACGCGCCGGUCUGGCUGCGGCAGCGGGAGUGGACAAGCGCGUGCGUGCCCUCGUGGGGGAGCUGCGUGGCAUUGUCAGCGCCCUGGCGCGCCUGGCGCUGCCGCAAGCGGACCUCAGCAGCUCAGAGCAGCUACAGCCCCUGGCGGAUGCGCUUGCCGCCGGCCGCCGUCAUUUGGAAGACCUGACCCUGGCGCUGGAGGCGGGUGAAGUAGUGGAUGCGGAUGAGGACGAGGACGUGAAGGGCAGAUCAGAGGACCAUGGCGCGGGGGUGCGGCGGGUGUCUAGCGCAGUAACGGCUACGAUUGCCAUGUGGUUGGAGGCCGUUGUGGAUCGCGCGGGGGAAGAACUGGAAGCGGCUCAGGAGCUGGUGGGCGCAGCGCUGGGCUACAGCGAGCACGGAGCUGCUACAACCGCCCACGACACCGUCGCCGGCGCCGCUGAACACGUCCAUGACGCGCUGCUACUGCUCCUAGACGCCGCCUCACCGCCGCCACCGCAGUUCACCGCCGCCGCGGCCGCCGGCACAGCUGCUGCUGCUGCGGGCGCCCGGGUCCUCUCCCUCGCGGAUGCGCUGUCCUGGCGCCGCAAGGCGCCGGCCCCGCCUCGACACCCCGACCACCAUUACGCUGCCAUGACAUCCCAGAAACUCCCAACCCACGUUGAUGAGUCUCCAGCCGGCGCUGGGGCGGCAAGUCAUGUGGGAGGUGAGAGGAAAGAGGAGCCCGGCUGCCUGGCGGAGCUGAGGGUACCCACUACGGGGCUGCCGCCGCGCCCGCACCUGCCCACGCUGGCGGACCUGUCGGCCAACCCCGAGGAGGCGCGGCAGGUGCUACGGAGCCUGCCGUACGGUACGCUGGCGGUCGUGAGCCGGAAGGCGCUGGCGGAAGCGCGGAGCUGGGCGCUUCGGCUCCGGAACCAUGCGGCGUUCACGGAGGUGGCGCCAGGGAGGGUUGGCGGUCGGGAGGAAGUGGCCCGUGCAGCCGCCUUGGAGCUGUUGAGGGACACGCUUGCCGACCCGAGUGCCAGGCGCAAGACGAUCAUUGCGCACAUCCACGAGGCAGGAGAGCUCGUGGAGGCCUUCCACGCCGCCGUCGAGCACGUCGCGGACACCGACACAGCCGGCACGGACGGCACCAGUGCUUUAUCCCACGCUGCGAAGCCGCUAAAGGAACAGCUGCAGCAGCUGCAGUACGAGCUGGAUAUGGAACGGGCCCGUCAGGAGGUCGUGGAAGCGCUCGUGCAAAUCCGGGAGGCCCUAAUCCAUGCGGAAAGCUUCCUGGCAGGGCUAAACCUGGGACCGCGCAGCGGGGCGGGCAACGGCCACGUGCAGACGCCGCAGCAGCGGACGGCAGCGGCGGAGGCGGAGGCGGUGGAGCCGCCACUGCCGUCAGGCCGCACAGCUGCCGGCCCAACAACAUGGCCACAGGAGCUUGCAGGCCACCCCGUAGUCCAAGCCGCUUGGGCGCGUGUUGCGGACUUUGCCAGCGCGCUUGGUAUCCGGUCCCACAGCGGCGAAGGCGCACCAGGCGCGGCGGCGACGUUGAAGGGAGAAACGAAGGAGGCGAAGAGGGCUGCUGGCGGCAGUGGUGGCGGAGGCGGCUUCAGCUGGUUUGGCAGGCCCGCCGCCGCCGCCGAGUUGCCUGUAGGCAGCAGUCGACGGCGGCAGGCGCACGGCGGCGCCUGCGGCGAAGUUCUAAGUGCGGAUCAAGUGGAAGACUGCAACCUGUACGGCAGCUGGUUUGAUUACCCGUACUGCAAUGACGGCAUCUGCAAAGGAAGCCCGCCGUACAGCCCCUAUCCACCAACACUCCCUUGGAAUGAAGCUGCAGUACGGAAGGCCUUAGCUGGCAUGGCAUCUGCUUUUGCGGCAGCACGAGACAGGGUCGUACAUGCAGCCAAGCGCAGGCCGGCUGCACCGCCGGCCCCGCCGCCACGGCUACCCACAUCUCCCGUUGGCGGGGCCCCCUCGGCUGCCGACGUGGCGGCAACACCGGCUGCCGGUGCAAAUGAAGAGCCGCUCUCCUCCGGAACUCCGGGCGCUCCUGGGCUUCACAGCGGGCGCGCCUGGGGUGGAGUCAGCGGCAUCGUCAACGUCCUCUGGGCGCCGCUGAAGGCGCUCCAGGAGCGGCUGCCGAGCGGCGGCGGCGGUUCCGGCGCUGCCGCCAACGGGACCGCGAACAGCGGCGGCGCUGACGGCGCUGACGGCAAUAUGUGUGACCCUGCAGCGGAGCUGGACGAGAAACUACGACGCAUGUGGAGCUUGGCGCGACCCGCACCAGCUGCUGGAGCCCGUAUCCCGGAGGGGGGUGACGUCUUCCCCUCACACGACAUCACCACCAUCACCACCACCACCGCCACCGCAACAAGACCAGCAGCACCAGCAGCACCAGCAGCACCAGCAGCACCCUUCACCGCAAAAGCCCAUCCCGGCCAGGCUCCCGGAAGCCUCACGGUGCGGCCCCUCCUGACGCCCGCCAACGGCCUGGGGGGAGACGCCGCUAAACAGGCAAGCAGCCGAGGCGGCAUGGGAGGACCGAAUCAGGCCGCGGCUCCGGAAGUUGCAACAUCAGGUGAGAGGGCAGGAGUAUCAGGUGAGGAUGUGACCCAGGGGUCAAGGGCCCCGGUGCUCGAGGGCAUCCUGGCGGCUGAGGCGGCGCAAGCGGAGGUGGCGAGGUAUCUGGAGGCGACAGCACGACACCUGGGCGUGCCGAAUUUCCUAGAGCCGCGGACCCGUGGGUCGGAGGAGUUAGCGGUUGGCGGGCCAGUGGAAACGGCAACGGCAGCGGCAGCUGCGGCUGCGGCGCGGCGUGAGCCGCAGGCGGCGCAGGGUUGCAUUGAUGCGACGGGUGCCAGGCUGCAUGAGGUGGGGCAUGCGGCCAAGAAGGCGGCGGCGGCGGCGGGGUCAGCGGGCGCACAGAGGGUCGCCGCCGCUGCGAGGGACGGCGUCGCGUCUGGUGUUCGUGGUCUGGAGCAUGGAGGGGCAGCCGCACGGCAGACGCUUACACACGGCGCCACCGCUUUAGGCAGCGCGGCUGUGGGCGCGGCGGACAUGAUCCGGGCGGCGCGCGCGGGUGCCGCGGACGCCGCUGCCGCCGCCGUCGGCGGCGCCGCUGGAGUCGUCAAAGCGGCUGCGCAGGAAGCUGAGGAAACAGCUGCCACAGCUGGACAAAUGCUCGCGGAUGUUGGGCACGCCGCAAGCGGUGCCGUACGGCAUGCCAAAGCGGCGGCCAAGGUUGCGACGGAGGCCAUUCGUCUCGGCACCGAGGAGGUGCUGGAGGCGGCGGCGGACUCUGGGAAGGCCUCUGUACGGAAGACAUCCGACACGCUAGCCCGCGUGGCCGCUGGUGUGCAGCAGGGCGUGCUCGGGGCUGCGGAUGCCGCCAAGGGCGCCGCCGGGGUCGUAUCGGAUGUCGCCCGAGAGGGUGCGGCCGCGACGUUGGGUUCCCUGGAGCAGUCUCGCGAGGCGGUGGCAGACACUGGAAAGGCAGCGGCGGGGGCGCUGAUGCACGGCGCAGAGCGGGUUGUUGAUACGGCGGCAGCUGGCGCCGGCGCUGCCUCGGGCGCCGCUGCGGCGCUGGCUGACCACGCUGCUGCCGCCGGUGAGCAAGCUGCCGAUACGGCGGCCGCCGCCGCAGUGGCGGUACAACACGCCGCUGGCAUUGUACAGGAAGCGGCAGCACUGGCGGCCGCCGGGUGGCGCAGAACUGUGCAGAGGGUCCUGACCGCGGCGCGGCGCACCGGUCGCGGUGUGUGGAGCCGCCUGACCCAGGUUGCCCGCCUGAUGUGGCCACGGCGAGUGGUGCUGCCGCCAUUGCCGCCGCCGGCGGGUGCUGACGGCGGCGACGUCACCGGAGGCCUUGCGCAGGAGGAGUCAUGUGCCGCCGCCGCCGUGAGUGGGGACCCGGGGUCCUUGCUGACGAGGACCGGGAGGUCGGUGGCGGCGGCUGAGCGGCGCGGCGCCGCUGCGGCGGGAUCGUUGCUUGAGGCUCUGGCGGCAGCGGCGCGCGUUCGAGGACCAGGACCAGCGUCGGCACCUGGCACACCCCCCGAUGACCUGGCCGCCGACCUGGGCGGCCGAGGCGGCCAAGCGGCGGCGGGGCACGGUGCGUGCAGUCCCUUAUCUGGGGCUGAGAGUGAUCUGAAUGUGGAGGCACCGGUAGCGGGCGGCGAUGGAGGCGCUGUGGCCACCGUUGGCCCUGCACAGGUGCCGAAAGGGGCGAUUGAAGCGGUCGGCGCGGCGGUGGCAUGUACUGCAGAAAAUGCUCGUGAUGUGGCGGGGUGUGUACUGCAUGCUGCCGUGGACACUGCCGCAUGUUGGGCGGCAGCGGCGGGCGAGGUCGGGCAGGAUAUCCGGACAUGCGCCAAAGGAGCAGCGGAGGCCGUGGAGGUGACGGUGGAGGGAGCCGCAGCCGCCGCCCGGGAAACGGCGGCAGCAGCGGCGCACCGAGCAGCGGAGGCCGCAGCUGCCACUCGUGAUGCCGUAGCGAUGGCAGCGCAUCGAGCCUCCGACGCCGCCGUCGCCGCGGAGCGUAUGGCUGGGUGUGCCCUGUUAGCGGCUGCGGAUCGCGCCCGCUGCGUUGCCGAGGCAUCGGCGGCAUCGGCGGCUGCGGCGGCGCGAGGCGUUCAAUCGGCUGUGGGCCGUACAGUGGAAGCUGGUCGUCGUGAGGUGGAGCACAUCGGUGGGGUAGUCCGUGAGGCCGCCGGAGAUGCUGUCCGCAAGACAGCGAUUGGCGUGGGGACCGCUGGGCGGGCGGCCGCCGGUGCAGCCCGUGAAGCGGCCAACGUGACCAUGCACGCGGCAGAGACUGCAGUGGGCGUCAUCGCGCUCGCAGCACACCGUACAGCGCAGGCGGUUGGCGAUGCCGGCCACGCCGCCAGCGAUGCCGUACGUAGCGCCGCAGAUGUUGCUGCGAGGUCGGCGGUGAAGGGGUUGCACGGGGCUGUUGAGGGCGCCGCGAAGGUGGCAGAGUAUGCCGCGGUGGAUGCGGCGGACACGGUGGUGGGUGCCACGUCAGCGGCCGUACAUGCUGGGCGGCGGGCCGGUGCGAGGGUAGGCCACAAGGCCGCCGGUGCCGGACGUGUCGUUCGCGAGGCAGUCGGCGAGGCCGGCACGCGGGCCAGGGAGGCGACCCUACACGCGGGGACAGUGGUCGAGGACGCGGCCAUGGCCGCGGCCAAGUCGACCGCCGCGGCCGCAUGUGCCGCGGGCGAGAAGGCCACUGAAUUGGUGGAGGACGUUGGACAUGCGUUCAGGAGCGCCGCGGGCUCCGCGGCGGAGGGCGUCGGCCGGGUGACCCGUGGCGCUUUCGAGGGAGUACGGCAGGCGGGUAAGUCAGUGAAUCGUACAGUGGAUGCGGCGGCAGCGGCCGCUGGCGGCGCUGUCGUUGCCGCCGGCCAAGCAGCGUACGACGCCGCAAUACGGGCAGCGACAGCGCUCCGCAGCGCCGUAGAGAGCCGCAAGGGACAUACAGCGGGAGCGGCGACCGGCAGGGGUGCCAAUGACACGGUGGCUCCGGGCCCUGGCGCCUGGCCGAAAUCUCCAAGACAGGAGGCCCAACUGAGCUUCGAAAGCGUCGACAUGCUUAUCGUUCAGGUCAUUAGUCCGGCCGAUAAUGUGCUGCCGGCACCGCCGCCCCCGCCGCCAACAGCAUCACCGUUCCUCAGUGUUACCCCCUCAGCCCCCGCCGCCGUCCCCGCCGCCGCCGGGGCUUCAGGGCCGGUCGCUGAGGGCCACCGCGCCGGGGGUGCAGCCGCUGCCGCCUCCGCCACCAGCGGCGCCGAGGGCGACGCGCCGCUGCCGCAACGGCGUCCCGGUGACAGGUUGUGGGUUCGGGAGACAGUUCUGUCAGCAGAGCGAGUGGUGACUCGCCCUGGAGCCGUCAUGGGUUCGUGA